GGAAAUUGCCGAAGGGCCGGCCCAGGCUGCUGCGUGAGGGGGAGCGACUGAGGCGGCGGGAGGCGAUGAAGAGCGGCCGGGCCCGGAGUUGCUGAGGCGGCCGAGGCGGCUGGGAAAGGGACGCCGAGCGCCAUGGCGGCGAACAUGUACCGGGUGGGCGAUUAUGUCUAUUUUGAGAAUUCCUCCAGCAAUCCCUACCUCGUCCGUCGCAUUGAGGAGCUCAACAAGACGGCCAAUGGCAACGUGGAGGCGAAAGUGGUCUGCCUCUUUCGACGGAGGGACAUCUCCAGCAGCCUCAACAGCCUGGCUGACAGCAACGCUCGAGAAUUUGAAGAAGAAUCAAAGCAGCCUUCCGUUUCGGAGCAACAGCGGCAUCAGCUGAAACAUCGCGAGCUCUUCUUGUCCCGUCAGUUCGAGUCCCUGCCUGCCACCCACAUACGGGGGAAGUGCAGCGUUACCCUCCUCAACGAAACGGAUAUCCUCAGCCAGUACUUGGAUAAAGAGGACUGUUUUUUCUACUCGCUGGUUUUCGACCCCGUGCAAAAGACCCUCUUAGCUGACCAGGGGGAGAUCCGGGUGGGCUGCAAGUACCAGGCGGAGAUCCCCGAGCGACUGGCGGAAGGGGAGUCCGACAACCGCAACCAGCAGAAGAUGGAGAUGAAGGUGUGGGAUCCGGACAAUCCUCUGACCGACCGGCAGAUCGACCAGUUCCUCGUGGUGGCUCGGGCGGUGGGCACCUUCGCACGAGCCCUCGACUGCAGCAGCUCCAUCCGUCAGCCCAGCCUUCACAUGAGCGCGGCGGCGGCUUCUCGGGAUAUCACGCUGUUUCACGCCAUGGAUACCCUGCAGCGUAACGGCUACGACUUAGCCAAAGCCAUGUCGACUUUGGUGCCCCAGGGCGGGCCCGUGCUGUGCCGGGACGAGAUGGAGGAAUGGUCGGCUUCAGAAGCCAUGCUGUUCGAGGAGGCCCUGGAGAAAUACGGCAAGGACUUCAACGACAUUCGGCAGGACUUUCUCCCUUGGAAGUCCCUGGCCAGCAUCGUGCAGUUCUACUACAUGUGGAAGACCACAGACCGAUACAUCCAGCAGAAACGGUUGAAAGCAGCGGAAGCUGACAGCAAAUUAAAGCAAGUGUACAUCCCAACCUAUACAAAGCCGAAUCCGAACCAAAUCAUCUCCGUGGGCUCCAAGCCAGGAAUGAACGGCGCCGGCUUCCAGAAAGGUCUCACCUGUGAAAGUUGCCACACCACCCAGUCAGCCCAGUGGUACGCCUGGGGACCCCCGAAUAUGCAGUGCCGUCUCUGCGCCUCUUGCUGGAUCUACUGGAAGAAAUACGGGGGCCUGAAGACGCCAACGCAGCUCGAAGGAGCUGCCCGUAGCAUCACAGAGCCCCACUCUCGGGGCCACACGUCUCGGCCGGAAGCCCAGAGCCUCUCGCCGUACACCACCAGCGCCAACCGGGCCAAGUUGCUGGCGAAAAACCGACAGACUUUCCUUCUUCAGACCACCAAACUGACCCGCAUCGCACGGCGCAUGUGCCGGGAUAUCUUGCAGCCGCGGAGGGCUGCCCGGCGUCCUUAUGCGCCCAUCAACUCCAACGCCAUCAAGGCUGAGUGCUCGAUCCGGCUUCCCAAGGCGGCCAAGACGCCCCUGAAGAUCCACCCUCUGGUCCGUCUUCCUCUGGCUACCAUUAUCAAGGAGCUGGCUGCCCAGGCGCCCCUCAAACCCCGAACUCCUCGCGGCAGCAAGACGCCCAUCAACAGGAAUCAGCUGACCCCAAACCGAGGGUUGGCCGGCAUCGUCAGCAAACGGACUUUCGAGAACCUCUGUGUGCGACCGGGCGCAGGUGGCAGGGGGCGGGCUCCCCUUCUCGGCCAACGGACGGCCCCUAACGUCCGGCAUGAGGUCAAGCAGUCAGCCUGCCCUGAAACGUCAGAAGCUGAACCCGGCCGACGCCCCCAAUCCUGUCGUUUUUGUGGCGACCAAGGACACCAGAGCCCUGCGCAAGGCCCUGAGCCACCUGGAGAUGCGCCGGGCCGCUCGCCGUCCCAACCUGCCGGUGAAGGUGAAGUCAGUCCUGCCGCUCAGGCCUCUGGGGGCUCCCCUGUUGCCCGUCCCCCCAGUCCAUCCUGCCAGCACCAGCGAACCCAUCGUCCUGGAAGACUGAGUGCUGAGCUCCUCUCUCAGCCCCUCUAGGAAUCCGCUAGCCACCUCGCCCAGCCCCUCGAAUCCCACGCCGGAGGGCCCUCCCCGUCGCCAAGCAAGCCUUUGCUGGUUACGGGCCGGGCCUGCCCUCUUCCCCCGGGGUUGGGUCCUGGGGUCUCCCGCCCUCUCUUUUUUAUAUAUAAAUAUAUUUUUAAUUUCCACAUUUUACAUUUGUACUCCCCAUCCUCUCCCCUCCCCCCCCCCCAGCCUUCCUGCCUCUUGCUCCUCGCUGAUUUGAAUGCACAAAGUCGCGCCUGGGUCUGUAUUUUUGUUUUUUUAGGGGCGCCUUCGUUUUUCGCCUUCCUCCUCGUUUAGGGACGGGUGUGGGGAGGGCGACGCUAGGAGAGGCGUGGGAUUGGGAGGAACAGUUUCAAAACGGCCUCCUUCUCCACCGGAUCGCUUUCUCCCCCCCUCCCUUUUCUUCUGUCGUUUCUCUUUCUCGGAUCCCCUAAAACCUCCUCUCUUCCCCCCACCCCACCCCACUCCCCUCCCCAAUUUGGGAACAAGGAACUUUGGCGCGAUUCCUUGUUAAUGCGGCCAUCUUAUGA